AUGCAACAUCAUGCAACGAUAUCUAACCUAACGGACUUUAACAAAGCAAUACAUCACCACCAGCAUUCAAAAGCUAUUGAAUUUGUUGCAGUGGAUAAAGAAUUAAGUUUCAUAACAUCGUUCUGUGGUCAGUCGUUUGCCGAAAAUAAAAAUUUUUGUUUACAUCAACUCUUCAUCCUAUCUGAUCUUUGCCUUUUAAAAAACGCGUACAUAAUUUAA